AUUUCUAGGAGCGGUCUCGUUCGGGCGAAGACAUUUGUCCCUACGUCUUCGCCGUAGCAGCCGCCGCCCAUCCCUCUUUGUGUGUCUCAGAAGCCACUGAGGUGGUGGUGACGACAGUUGGCUUUGGGGCUUAACCUAGGGACAUCUCCGGGACGUUGCAGGCAGGCGGACGCUUUCCUGUCCCGCCACCAGACAGGGUCACAAACAUGUCAGACAAAAGUGAAUUAAAGGCUGAGUUGGAACGGAAGAAGCAGCGAUUGGCCCAAAUCAGAGAGGAAAAGAAGAGGAAAGAAGAAGAAAGGAAAAAAAAAGAAACUGAUCAGAAGAAGGAAACUGUUGUUCCUGUGCAAGAAGAAUCUGAUCUUGAGAAAAAAAGAAGAGAAGCUGAAGCAUUGCUUCAAAGCAUGGGUCUAACCCCAGAAUCCCCUAUUGCUGAGCAACCUCUCCGUGUAGUAACAGCGGAUACCUGUCUAUUUCACUAUUUAGUCCCUCCUCCUAUGUCUCCAUCCUCCAAAUCUGUGAGCACACCAAGUGAAGCUGGAAGCCAAGACUCUGGAGAUGGCGCCGUGGGAUCUAGGACGCUGCAUUGGGAUACAGAUCCAUCAGUUCUUCAGCUUCACUCAGAUUCCGAUUUGGGACGGGGACCUAUUAAGCUUGGAAUGGCCAAAAUUACACAAGUUGAUUUUCCUCCUCGAGAAAUUGUCACAUAUACCAAGGAAACUCAGACUCCAGUUAUGGCUCAACCCAAAGAAGAUGAAGAGGAAGAAGAUGAUGUAGUGACUCCUAAACCACCUAUUGAACCUGAAGAAGAAAAAAUUUUUAAAAAAGAUGAAGAAAAUGAUAGUAAAGCUCCCCCUCAUGAGCUGACUGAAGAAGAAAAACAACAAAUCUUGCAUUCAGAGGAAUUUUUAAGUUUCUUUGACCAUUCUACAAGAAUUGUAGAAAGAGCUCUUUCUGAGCAAAUUAACAUCUUCUUUGACUACAGUGGGAGAGAUCUGGAAGACAAAGAAGGAGAGAUUCAAGCAGGUGCUAAACUAUCAUUAAAUCGACAAUUUUUUGAUGAACGUUGGUCAAAGCAUCGGGUUGUUAGUUGUUUGGAUUGGUCAUCUCAGUAUCCAGAGUUACUUGUGGCUUCCUAUAAUAAUAAUGAAGAUGCUCCUCAUGAGCCUGAUGGUGUGGCCCUUGUAUGGAAUAUGAAAUACAAAAAAACUACCCCAGAGUAUGUGUUCCACUGCCAGUCAGCUGUGAUGUCUGCUACGUUUGCAAAAUUCCAUCCAAAUCUUGUUGUUGGUGGUACAUAUUCAGGCCAAAUUGUGCUUUGGGAUAACCGUAGCAACAAAAGAACUCCAGUGCAAAGAACGCCACUGUCGGCUGCUGCACACACACACCCUGUCUAUUGUGUAAAUGUUGUUGGAACACAAAAUGCACACAAUCUGAUUAGCAUCUCUACCGAUGGAAAAAUUUGUUCAUGGAGUCUCGACAUGCUUUCUCAUCCACAGGAUAGCAUGGAGUUGGUUCAUAAACAGUCAAAGGCAGUAGCUGUGACAUCUAUGUCUUUCCCUGUUGGAGAUGUCAACAACUUUGUUGUUGGGAGUGAAGAAGGUUCUGUGUACACAGCAUGCCGUCAUGGCAGCAAAGCUGGAAUCAGUGAGAUGUUUGAGGGACACCAAGGACCAAUCACUGGCAUCCACUGUCAUGCAGCUGUUGGAGCAGUAGACUUCUCACAUCUUUUUGUCACAUCUUCAUUUGACUGGACAGUAAAACUAUGGACAACUAAGAAUAACAAGCCUCUGUAUUCAUUUGAAGAUAAUUCGGACUAUGUUUAUGAUGUUAUGUGGUCACCCACCCACCCAGCCCUGUUUGCCUGUGUGGAUGGUAUGGGGAGACUGGAUUUAUGGAAUCUCAAUAAUGACACAGAGGUACCAACUGCCAGCAUUUCUGUGGAGGGUAAUCCUGCUCUUAAUCGUGUAAGAUGGACCCAUUCUGGAAGAGAGAUUGCUGUGGGUGAUUCUGAAGGACAGAUUGUUAUCUAUGAUGUAGGAGAGCAGAUUGCUGUUCCCCGAAAUGAUGAAUGGGCACGAUUUGGCCGAACACUUGCAGAAAUUAAUGCAAACCGAGCUGAUGCAGAAGAGGAAGCAGCUGCCCGAAUACCUGCUUAAUUCCUGGAAAGGGGAGUGUAGUUUUAGUGCAUUUGAGAAAAACACUUAAGUAGAUUGUAAGACUGUUUGCAUGCUUCUGUCUGAAAAAUUAAAUUUUUUUUCAUGGAUUAAUCUUUGGAUUUAAUGUAGCAAGCAAGGCUUACAAUGUCUUUUUAUAUAAUACGCAUUUUGUUUUGGAUUUGUGUCAUUUUUAAUACAGCUAACUUUACAGAAUGCAACUUUUUCUGAAUUCUAAUGCACAGGUAUAUAUUUAGUAAUCUUUUGAAUUCUUUUCCAUUUACAACACUGUAUACAGUUCUUUCUAAAGCACAGAUUACAUAAGUUCUACAUAUUUUUAAAUAAUCCCAAUUCCUGUUGUACUGAUAAUGUUCUAAGCGUAAUGUAUAGGAAUGUUAUCACGCAUGUAGACACUUGACCCAAGUUCCAUUCUGACAUCCUUUUUCUUUAUAGUCCAUGUGGUAGUUAUCUACAAAUAAAAAUAAAUGUGUUAACUUUUCAAUGUUCAUUUUUACUCCAGGCAGUUUGAAUUUUUCCAUCUUUUUUAUAAAAUGUCUUUUAUUAUUAUCCUUUUAUGAGCAACAACUUUGAAUCCACAAAAGCUUUGUGCCUUAAAUAUACCAUAUAGGGCAGACUGCAGAUUUCCCUAUUCAUGAUGAACUGUUGUUUAGAUAAUCUGACAGUGAAGCUUCCCCUACAUUAACUUUUGCUUUACUACCUUAUUUUCUUGCUAUCCAUAUUGAAAGAAUAAGUGGAAAGCACCUAAUAUUUUCACUGAUUGAGAGACUACUAUGCGUGUGAGCGCUCAGAGUAAAGUCUUCUUGGAGACAAACUGAUUUCAUGGAUGUUGUAGUAGUGAUAAAGAAAAAGUGCUCAAAUGAUUCAUGCUUUGGCAUUUUGUCAGCUCCACAUUUUGAGAUCUGUUACCCUCCAUCUUUCUCUACAAAUCUGAAAGGUAGGUGACAAAUACCUAACAAUUACUGAUGAAAUCAACCAAUUUUAGGACUAGAGAAAUGUACUAUGAUCAGAUCUUGAUUUGUAGCCACUUUUUUCCUUGAUUGUGACCUUUUGUCCAUCUAAAGCUUGUCUUUUAUUCAAAAGAACUUGAACUGUAAAGGAAAAUUAGAUAUCAGAAUUUGAACUUUUUAUUAUUCUAGUAAAGAUUUACUGUGAAAGAAUUCUAAAUAAUAAUAGAACUUCUUUAUUAUAAAUAUUCUACACCAUAAGGAAGAGUUAGCCUGGAAUAUUAGAUCCCGGCUCUUAGUUCUUGCUCUGGCACUUAGAAGUGGGACUUUGGCCAAACCUGUGCCUCAUUCUUUUAUCAAGGAAUUAAGUUCAAAUUAGGUGAUUUCUAAAUUUCUUUCCAGCCCUAAAAUUAUUAAUUGUAUUAAUUACAUAGAGUACUUUACAUUUUAUAUAUUUUUCCUAAAUUAACCCCUGUAAUUGUCCAUUACUUGCCAAAGAUGACAUCUCAAGAUAUUUCAUGGCAGCAGUGUCUUUGAGUGAAAAAGUUCAGUUUCUGCAGGGUCAUUCUACAGAAAAAUUCAUGUCACUAUAAUACCUAUUGUAUUUUUGCCAUAAGUUUGUAAGAGUGCCUAAAAAGAGAAAACAUCUUCAAUAAGGUUGAAAAAUCAAGAGAUAUGACAAACCAGAUGCUCAUGGCACUCAACUUGUGUUCAGUUAUAAAAGAAAAUAAAAUCGGUAAAACUUGCAAAA